AUUUGAUGUGUCGCGCACUACCAGAGUCCCCUAAGAUCCACCCGUCCGAGCAAUCAGACUAUCUGCAAUUUUAGUUCGACGGUUCCGAGCUGCUCUAUUUGGUUAUGGAGAUAACCACAUCUUUCCGUCCUUUUUUUCUAAAAGGGGCACGCGACCACGCAGGCACCAAGUCCUCCUCCAGCCUCGCAACCUCCAAGGCGAAACUCCUACUCUCUCCCGCACACGCUCUGCCCCAAACAUUUACGAACGCGCUCGGGAGCGAAUAAAUCACUAUGGGGGCGAAAAAGCCUAAUAUCCUUUACAUCAUGGCGGACCAGAUGGCCGCACCGUUGCUGUCGUUUUAUGACAAAAGCUCCAAGAUCAAGACGCCGCACUUGGACCGCCUGGCCGACGAAGGCGUGGUGUUCGACAAUGCCUACUGCAACGCGCCUCUCUGUGCGCCCUCGCGCUUCGUCAUGGUCACUGGCCAGCUGCCCUCGAAGAUUGGCGCCUACGACAAUGCGGCGGACCUCCCGGCUGAUGUCCCUACCUACGCCCACUAUCUCCGCAACGAAGGUUAUCACACUGCUCUGGCCGGGAAGAUGCACUUUUGCGGCCCGGAUCAGCUGCAUGGUUACGAGCAGCGUCUGACAAGUGACAUUUACCCGGGCGAUUACGGCUGGUCAGUGAACUGGGACGAGCCGGAUAUCCGGCCUGACUGGUACCACAAUAUGUCUUCGGUCAUGGAAGCUGGUCCCGCCGUACGCACCAACCAGCUUGACUACGACGAAGAGGUCAUCUACAAAUCAAAGCAGUAUCUCUACGAUCACGUCCGCAAACGAGGCGACCAGCCGUUCUGUCUGACGGUCUCGAUGACGCACCCGCACGAUCCAUAUGCGAUGGAAAAGGAAUUCUGGGAUUUGUAUGAAGAUGUUGAGAUACCGCUUCCGCAGACCCCAGCAAUUCCUCACACCGAGCAAGAUCCCCAUUCGCAACGCAUCUUGAAGUGCAUCGACCUGUGGGGUAAGGAGAUUCCUGAGGAGCGCAUCAAAGCAGCCCGUCGCGCCUACUAUGCCGCCUGCACCUACGUUGACACCAACGUGGGGAAGCUGCUACGUACGCUCGAUGCCUGUGGUCUCACUGAUGACACCAUCAUCGUCUUCACCGGCGACCACGGUGACAUGCUGGGCGAGAGAGGAUUAUGGUACAAGAUGGUGUGGUAUGAGAACUCGGCUCGCGUGCCCUUUAUUGUUCAUGCGCCCAAGAGAUUUGCUCCCAAACGCGUGACCGAGAACGUCUCGACCAUGGACAUUCUUCCCACGUUUGUCUCGAUGGUGGGCUCCCAGCUCGUGCCCGGACUCCCGAUGGAUGGUGUUUCCCUCAUGCCACUCAUUGAAGGGACGGAUGGGGUCAAGACAGACACUGUCUUUGGUGAGUACAUGGCGGAGGGCACGCAGGCACCAGUCAUCAUGAUCCGUCGCGGCCGGUAUAAGUUUGUGUACUCGCCGCUCGACCCGCCAAUGUUGUUCGAUCUCGAGGCAGACCCGUCUGAGCUGGUAAAUCUCGUUGCCGGUCUGCCCGUCCCAGCCGCUGCCAAAAAUCACCGGUCGCAAAGGCAGCUGGACGAUUUGCCUGAAAUAUAUAGUCCUCACGUCUUGCCCGGCCCGAUCCCCGCAAUUCUCAGCACCGAGCAAUCCUUUUUCCCUAAGAUGGCGCUCCCUCCCACUCCUCGGACUCCAAGCCCUGCUCAAUCUCCAAGCCCGCUUCCCACGAGGGACCCAGCAUCGCUGCUCGUUCACUUUGUCAACGAAAUCCAUCAACGCUGGGAUUUGGACAGUAUUCACCAGGAUGUCCUUCGCUCUCAGCGUCGUCGGCGCCUCGUAUACUCUGCUUUGAUCAAGGGCCAGCCGACCAUUUGGGAGCACGAACCUCGCGUUGAUCCGAGCACGCAGUAUGUCCGCAAUCAGGGAAAGGGUCCACUUGAUGAUGUUGAAUUUAUAUCCCGCUGGCCUCGAGUAUACCAGAGCUAGGUUAUGACAACCUGUUAGCCUGCAAAAGUCUUACGUCCUUCUUUUCAUGCAUUCUAGCAUUUUCCUGGUAGUACUAGCGGAGCUCUUUGUUAUCUUAAGCAGAGACAUUUUUUUAUAACGUGUGAAUAUACCCUU